AGUGCGGUGGACGGUAUCGAUUUUUACGCCUCGGCGGUUGGCUGUUUUGCCGUUAACCUUACGCUGCCCGGACAAGCUAUCCCCGCGGUCAUGAUGCGCCCCAGCACGUUGGAUAUCAAAACAAACUACCAGGAUGGAUACUACACGUUUAUGAGGGACACUUACAGAUGCUGGAAAUCACGGAUGGAAUCAUGUGAAAAAACGGGAAUUGAAGAUUACCUCGCCGAUUUGCAGCAGCCCUUCACGCAGCAACAAGUUCGCGACAUUUUGUUCACCCUCAAUGUUAUACGGUCCAACGGGGCAAAGUGUUCACCGUCCACCAUCGUGCCGCAGCCGGAAACAGAACUAUCGCCAACGUCACAGUAUUGUCCACAAUCGCAGCAUCAUCCCGCGGGCAACAAUGUGCAAUCGAACGAUCACAAACGGCACCCGGUGGAACGGUUAACAUUCGGUGAAUUUACUGCGAUAGCAUCCUGUACGAAAUGUUUUGGCCGCCAGUCGUCGUUUUACGCCAUCCGGGCACUAAACGAGGCGAAAGCGUCGGCAGACACACAGACGGCGGAAGUUGAUACGGAGAAGAAGGGUCCGGAAGUGUUCCUCGGUGGCUCAUGCAAUCCGACCACCUGGCGGGCGGAUGUCGCCGUGCCGACGUUGCAACGACUAGGCAUAACCUUCUACAAUCCGCAAGUAUCGCACUGGACGCCCGAUCUGAUCGAUCUCGAACACCGUGCCAAGGAGAAGGCAAAGGUACUAUUUUUUGUGCUCGACUCCCAGACCCGAUCCGCCGCCGGAGCGAUCGAGGUGGCGCACAUUGCAGGGCAGAACUCGAAAUUUUUACUGCUUGUACUACUGCCGUACUCCAUUAGACAGAAAAUUCUCAAUGAAACCCUCUCGGAAGACGAGUAUAUGGAUCUCAUGAGUAAUCAGCUAAUACUGAGGCAACUAGUCCAGCGUCGUGGAUUGCCGGUGCUGGACAACAUUUCAACGGCGUUGGAGCAGAUAACGAAACUGCAGCACGGCAGCUGUAGCCUGCAGCCUCCCAACAAUUUGGCGUCGCGGUUACUCUCUCUGUAUCGUACGUACCAGCGCACUGUGGCCGACGUAACGAACGCGGAGGCUAUCGAUAUCGCGCAGUGCAAGAGAGCUCUGUACAGUUUGGGCUACCCGAAGAAUGUGGUCACGGAGGACGACAUUCAAAACAUUCUGCUCUGCUACGAGGAGAUCGCGGGUCGAACCUUCCAGACGGAGCUCAUCCGCCGAGGUAACGCGGACGAGGUACUUAUCAGCUUCGACGAAUUUUGUAUCGUAGACGCGUGCGUGUCGAUACUGAUGCUGGACUUUUACGAGCAAAACUGUCUGUCCCCAAUCAAGGGCACCAACUUGCAGCAACCCCCAGUGUAUCUUACCGAUUUGCAAGCAUGGAAUCAAACGAAUUCCGAGCACUCGCCCAUCCCACAGGGUAUCCUUCAGCACGAGUCGAGUUCCCGUCGGUAUGUGCUGCGCUCGUACAACCAAGAGGAACCGAUGACCGUAACUGAGAAUGGAAAGCGCGAUGCUUCCAUGGCCCCGGAUCCAUUCGGCUGCAGCAACACGGCAGACCGUCCGGUCUGUCAACGUUUGUCCAGCAGUGAACAGUCAGCCGAUACGACGAAUGUGCCGUUACCGUCCCCCGGAAUGGGCACGGUUCCACCACGUGCAUUUACUUUCGAUGGCGACCUUUUCGAUGAUGGGGAUCUAUCGUUUGGGCGCAUCGAAGCGCGGGAUGUCUACCUCGGGGGCAGCUGCUGGAUGAAGACGAGCUGGCGUCAACGGUUGGCGUUUCCGAUGCUGAGGGAGCACAAACUUACCUACUACGUGUCUGCGCUGCAUGAAGGGUUCUGCUGCCGUCCACCGUCGAUCGACGACGGGGGCCAAAAGUUCGACCCGCAGCGUACCCUGCGCUACGAUGCUGCCAUGCUCGAUGCUUGCCGUAUCAUCAUCUUUGCGAUUACGAAUGAAACGAGAUCUUUAGCACCCAUGACAAUGGCCGCACACUACAUUGGUCUAGGUUAUGACGUUGUGCUGUGCGUGCAAAUGCUUUCCUCGAACGAAUCUUCACUACACGGGCACCAACCAACACUAUCUUCUUCCGCCAUUAAGGAUUACAACCGUGGGCGGGCCUAUUUGAUUGAUCUAGCCAAACGGCACCACAUUCCAGUGUACGACGGCUUGGAGGAAACGUUCGAGAGCGUUAUCAAUCGGUUAAACAAUUGUACUGUAAGAUACUCAUCCUAGAAACAUCAACCCGUACCCGGAGCAUUGUGAUUUAGCGUUUAUUUUACCACUUCUCUUCGUUUAAUACCUUUUUUUUUAACAAACACAACAAAACACAAAAAUCUUCAGCACUAAUGAUAAAACAAACUAUGGAACAGUAAAAAUAACAUAAUUUAAUAUUUACCUGUACUCACUCAACACACUCAAUCACGCGAUUUUGCUUUACAAACAUCCAGUGUUGGAAAGAAAACCUAUGUUUUUUUAAAAUGAAUGGCUUCAAAAUAAUAAAGUUUAAGGAACUCGACGA